AUGUGGACAUCUCUCCUGUGUCUUCUUCUGGCUGGUGCAGUAUCUGCAGCACCACUUUCACCAUUUUUCAAUUAUCUCCCUCAUUAUGGCAACCCGAAGCAGGGGAAUAAUGGUGGCUUCCAGGGAAUACCAUCACAGCCACAUCCUGGUCUGAACGCUCCAAUCAGUAUGGAAAUUAUUUUUCCUCCGCGAUUCCCUGCUACUCCAGUAGGAGGAGCUGCUGGCACAUCGUCAUUCCCUACACAAGCGUUCAUCAAGUACUCUCUCCCUAAAGUUCCCGGCAGAAAAAGCGUGGAAAUCUUUUACCCCUAUGACUUCAGUCAGCGUCAGGACCAACCCAAUAUUCCCCUGAUACCUCAAAUUCCAAAUAUCUUCCCCUUCGAUUUUAUGCCACAGACAGUUCCUCAGCAGCCACCUGUGAACCCACCAUUCCAGGAUGGUCCUCCACAAACCCAAGAGCCUCAGCAGCAAACCCAGCUGGAGCAGCAGGCUCAGACAGGACAGGUGUCUAACAAGCCAUGAAGACUGGCACAUCUUUGAAGCUGAGUGAGAAAAAAAGUCAAACAACAAGAGUGUGUUAAACUUUUUUGUCUAAUGCUAUUUAGAAUUAGUACAUCCUUUUUUUCCUGGAAUAAUAAUUUAAAAUGAGCUGAUUUUUUAACAUGAAGAAGAUGAUUUACCCAUAUGUAUAACAACAUUUUGAAAGUUCUGUAAUUGCAUGGUAUACAGAUAGAAAUGUGCUGGUUUGGUCUUAUUCUGAUGUGAAAAAAAUAUCUGAAUAUCAAACAAAUUUCAAUGAAUAUUUUCUCAUGUAGGCCUUUUGUGAGUAGUGUUUUCAGUAAUAAAG